UCAUGUAACUUUUUGUGUGUGUGUGUUUGUGUGCAUGCAUAUGUGUGUGUGUGAGUGAUCAUACAUAUAAAGGCUCAUGGAGAAGCUCAGACACACUCAGAGUUUGAUCAUGAUCCUGCUCGUGCUGCUUCUCGCCGCCGCUAGGAGUGGCCAUGCUCACAGCGUUCAGGGUCAGGAGAGAAAUGCCUCAUGUGUGUGUGAGGUGAACAGCUCGAUCUGGGCUUUUCCUGUUACCAAGUAUGACGUCGUGACACAAGUGCUGCAAAACUGCCAAGACUCACUGCAAAAACUCCAGACACAGACGGUGACGGGUGUGAAGACGGUGCCUGAGAUGGAGGCCACACUGAAUAAUGUGAUGCAACGGCUGAAAAGGUUCCAGUACCUGAACAAUCAGGGCCUGUACAACGCGCUACACCUGAACCAGCUCAGCCAAGAGAUCCAGCAGCUACACGACACCAUGAAUAAUGUAGAUCUGGACAAAGCUGGAGGGGAGGCACAGCGGAUAAGUACAGAGUUGCAAAAGUUUCAGGAAGAUGUGAACAAGAUGUACAGGAAAAAUGUCUUCAACUUAGAAACAAUGAGGGAGAAGCUGCGGUCCCUCAAUAACCGUGUCCAGAACUGCAGGACCAUUCCACAAGACUUCAGGAGCUCUUGUUAUGAUCGCAUGAUGAGAAAUAUCAGUGCUCCUGUGGUCAUUAAGAUGAACCCAUUCAGUUCGUCCUACAUCGCUGGAGCAUGGGGUCAUGACAUUGACACUGAUGGUGAAGAAACAUACUGGAUCCAGCCUCUAGCUAGUGGACACAGGUUGGGCAUCUCUCUGCGCUUCUACCAGACUUAUGAGGACUUCAUGGCUGAAAGGAACCACAGAGAUGAAUCGGUGGCUAACUCAUACACUCACGCUAAUGCGAUUCAGGGUCCAGGGACUAUAAUUUUCAAGGGUGUUGUGUAUUAUCAAUGCUAUAAUUUGCCCGAACUCUGUGCCUUUGAUUUGAAAACCAAGCAAGUCGAACGUCUCACACUUCCUGAUGCUGGGUUCAACAACAAAUUCCCCUACUGUUACUACAACUGCUUCGAUUGGACGGACAUCAACCUCUCAGCUGAUGACAAGGGCUUGUGGGUAAUGUACGCUACAGAAGCUAACCACGGGAACAUGGUCGUGAGUCGAGUGGACAUUGAAGGCUUCAAUGUGACACACACGUGGAAGACACGCCUGUUCAAGCGCUCUGUGACCAACACCUUCAUGGUGUGUGGGGUGCUUUACGCAACUCGCUACAUAAACACCUACAAAGAGGAAGUGUUCUACGCCUUCGACACGACCACAGGGAUGGAGGACAACACGCUCUCGAUCCCUAUGGAGAAGGUGGCAGCGGGCAUCGCCAACCUUCACUACAAUCCCACAGACAUGAGGCUCUACAUGUACAAUGGUGGCUACAUGCUCGCAUACCAAGCUUACUUCUGAAAAGCUAGAUUCGAAUAUGCAUUCAAUUCCCUGUACCAUAACCUUAUACUAUAAUAUACCAUAUACCAUAUUCUUCUUUAGUUGAUCUAGUCUCUUUCAUUGUAGUAGCCAGCCAUUUUUUUCUCAUUUGCACCUCUAAUAAGACAAAAAUCUAAUAUGUUUCAAAUUGAUAUCUAUUGUAUGAACUUAUGUAAACUCAGAGUAUGCUCAAAGUAAUGCUUCAUUAAAGAGAAAUAAAUCUUUCAUGUCGACAGAUGACAGGAUAUGUGCUGUGACAUAGAUUAUAAAAUAGCUGAAUAUGUUUCACAUCUUGGCUUCUAACGUUCAUGCAAAGAAGUUCAUCCUAGAAGUAAGCUUUCAUCUCUGGAUGGCCUUUCAGUUACAUCAUGUGGAUCAGUGUAAGAGCUUGGUGUGAUUAUUGACUACAGUCUCUCAUUUGAAGCUCACAACUUGGAUAGCCUUUUUUCAUCUCAGAAAUUUUGUUAAGAUUAGAAAUACUGUAUAAAAAGUGUUGUAAUUUCCACACAAUUCACCUGAUUUGGAUUACCAUCAAACUGAAGCUGAAUGUCUGCAGUUUGAGCAUUCAGUAUUCCUUAUUUAAGGUCAGCUUCAAUAUAUUGUGUUAGCCAGCUAAAAUAACAGUAACUUUGUCAAUGUUGAAAUAUUUAUGGACCUGACUGUACAAGUACAAAGUCAAAUGACAUGUCAUGUGUAAAUUUGAAGUGGAUAUAUGCACUGGGAUUAUAUUAAGUAGCGUAAACAAAGUGUCUUAAUACUUAUUUCUGCUCAAUAUAUAAUCAUAAGCAAGAAGUCGAAUAGUUGGUAAGUUUCUA